AUGAACAGUAUUAGUAGUGUAUGUUUGAGUUUAUUUAUUGUAGUGGCUUUGUUUAAUGUGAAAGUGUGUUUAUCGCAGUACAGUAAACCAUGGAGAGACAUUUACGAAAAUAACAAGUGCCCCAAAUUAUAUCCAAAGAAUUUUUUGAAUUACAUGCCAGUUGGUAAUCUAACAGCUGGAAACUACACAGAGAAACCAGGUCUAAAGGGCCUAAAGCAAUGUGUGAUGGAGUGCUGCAUGUCCGAGUCCUGCAAUAUAGUGUUCAUAUAUGACCAGCGGUGUUUCCAUGUAGAGUGUGUCAGUGACGAACUGUGUCUACCUCUUCAAAGGACAGGAAGUCGAAAAUGGGAGGCCUCACAUGUCUCUAUGAUACUUGUAAAACCAGUUUUACCGAAUGAGAAUUGGUCAGACAUAUUAGACCAGUCAAGCUACAGACAGGUUAACAAUAAUUUUUCUCCUGAAGAAGAGUCAGUGUACUCUCCGUACUCAAUAAACCGCAAUGACCUACUCAACGGUGAUGAAGCCUCAACAUUUUUAUCACGUUUCCUCAACAACUUGCCUACAAUGGAUGAGGAUGAACCAAGGAACUUUGACAAGUACCGAGAUAACAAUGAUAGUGACAUGAUAAUGGAUACAAAUAAUUUUCUAGAAAAGAUACCGUGUGAAGUAGAUGCCGGCGAUUGCCCUUUCAACUCUGUGUGCAUACCACUAGGUUUGAAACUACGCAAUGGCAUUUGCAAAUGUGUACCUGGUACAGAAGAAAAUGCGCAGGGUGCAUGCGUUCAAAUGAUCAGACCUUUUUCCAAAGGCCCUACAAUACCAGUUGAUUCUAUAAAGAAAAAUGAUGAAACCGAUCCAAAAAAUGAUAUUCUUAAAACUGAAACUACUUCUCAGAAAAGUAUUCAAACUUUGACUGUUUCUAUCUUGUCCAAACAGGUACAACUGCCAGACAAUGAAGUGACCUUGGCAGCAUAUACUAUUCCCGAUGAGAAAGCAACAAUGAGCCAUUACAACUAUGUAUGGACACUAGUAGAUCAACCAAAAGGAGGUUUUACAGGUAACAUGAAUCAAAACGGUGCAAAAGUGACGCUAACGGAUCUAACAGAAGGGCAAUACCGAUUCAAAGUGACAGUUAAUGGAACUAAUUCGUAUGGGGAAGGAUUUGCAAAUGUUACCGUAUUACCACCACAUCGCGUCAACACGCCGCCACAAGUUGUCAUAACACCUCAAAGUCAAACUGUGAAACUUCCUAAUACUGUUGCUGUACUUGAUGGGAGUGCUAGUAAGGAUGACGACGCAAUAAUUUCCUGGCACUGGGACUUGACAUCUGGGCCCAUUGGCUACCAACCUCCUUUGCAAGAUGGGCCUACGUUAGUGCUAAAUGAUUUGAAGCAACCUGGAAACUAUACGUUUAAACUGACAGUUGAAGAUUCAGAUCAUGUUAAGAAUUCUACCACAGCUAAUAUAACUGUGUUGAAUCACACUGAUUAUCCGCCUGAAGCUAAUGCUGGUCAAGACGUAAUUAUAUACUUGCCGAACAAUAACUUGACGUUAAACGGGAGCCUCUCGACUGACGACCAUGAAAUCACCUCCUGGGAGUGGACCAAAUCUGCUGAAGAUGAAAACAAAGCGGUCGACAUGCAAAAUACACACUCACCUUAUUUACAAUUAUCAAAUCUAUCGGAAGGCGUAUACACGUUCGUGUUGAAAGUGACGGAUUCUUCAGGCCAGUCCUCCACUGCAGAUGUUCAUGUCUUCGUCAAACCACCGACCAACACUCCGCCCGUAGCUGAAGCCAGAGCAGAAUCUUUCAUAUCACUACCUCAAACUUGGAUCAUCCUGAACGGUUCGACAUCGCACGAUGACCAUAGGAUUGUCGCGUACACCUGGCGUUGUCUCUCCGGUCCUACUAACUCUAACAUUAUCAACUUUAACGAGUCAGUCGCGAAUGCCACCGCACUCACUAAAGGACAAUACGUCUUCUCCUUGACCGUACUCGACGAUAACGGGAACUCUGCAUCUGAUAAUGUCACCGUCACCGUCACGCAAAAUAAAAACAGUCCUCCAAAAGCAGAUGCAGGCGGUGACUUAGUGCUAAACUUGCCAAUAUCGGUUUUGAUACUGAAUGGAUCAAAGUCCUCAGAUGAUUUCCGCAUAGUGUCGUGGAAAUGGAGUCGUUCACCAUCUGGCCUCGCUGCCGGCACUGUUAUCCUGAAUUCUGAUACACAACCCGUGUUAAUGCUAACAAACAUAGAGGCAGGGAGAUACGUAUACGAACUAACAGUAACGGAUGACCAAGGAGAAUCAGACAAAGACACAGUGAGUGUCCAAGUAAAACCUGAUCCUUUGGAAAUGAACCUUAUGGAGUUAACCAUGAACAUUCCAAUAUCAGCCUUCACACAGAGUCAAUUAGACUCAUUAGUGCAAAAGAUGACCUUACUUCUCAAGGACGAUAUUAGAGUUAACGUUACCGAAGUUCAUGGACAAAUUGAUUCUGGAAAUGCGCAGCUGAUCUUCUUCCUAUCUGAACAGGGUAAAGCAGUAGAAGGUAUCCGCGCUCUAUCGCUGGUCCGCGGCACGUCGGGUGCGUGGGGGGCGUGGGGCGGCGGGCGCGUGCGCUCGCUGCGCUGUCUGAGCGCGUGCUCGGGCCGCGGCGUCUGCGACCACGCCACCAGGACGUGUCGCUGCGACGCCUUCUGGAUGCAGAGUCUACUCUCGCAGCUUGAUCCUGAUGCGCAACCUGAUUGUGAAUGGUCAGUAGUAUACGCGAGCCUGGGCGGCGUGGCGGCGCUGUGCGGCGCGGGCGCGGGCGGGUGGGCGGUGGCGCGCGCGCUGCGCCGCCUGUGCGCGCCACGCAAGCCGCGCGCGCGCCCCAAGUACAGGCUGCUACCGCUCGCAGACCACGAGGAGAAACCAUUUACAAGUAAAGACUUAUCAGAAGUGAAACGGAUUCGGACGUGUUGUUCGAAACUAAAAGCAAGACGACAUCGUUUGGCACCCGCGUCAUGAACGGUGAGGCGUCGCAGGGCAAUGGCUGGAAGAAGAACGGCCAUUACAAGAGUUCCCGUAAAGUGAAGACGUAG